AUGGCGGACACUGUCGAAGAGAAGAAGCAGUCGGUCGAGGGCGAGGGCCAGGCUGACGCCAAUGCCUCUGCAGGCGGAAGCGGCAAGGCCGAAUCAUCGAGUAAGAAAGAAAAGAAGACCCCGAAGAAGCUGGGCGGCAAGAAGGCCCAGCAGCAGCCCACUCCCGAACCCACCCCCGCCCCGGAAAGCGAUGCUGAAGGCGAAGACGCAGAGGCUGAGCAAGAGGACGCAGGCAAGAAACAAGAAUCCAACGGCAACGCCGAUGCCGACGAAUCAGAACCCGAAGCUCAGCCUCAAAAGUCAAAGUCGCAAUCGAGGCGUCGCCAGUCUCGAGGCCGUGGACGACGAGGCGGAGAUUCAGAGGACACGGAUGCGCGAUCCGACGUCUCCCAGUCAGGAGGCCGCCGCAACCGCCAGCGCCAGAAGAAGGGCGGCAAGGGAGGAGGUCCUCUCGACGACAUCACCGAGAACGUGCCCGGAGGCGAGCUUGUCGGCGGUGCUGGCGACAUGGUCCAGGACACGGCGGGCAAGGCCGUUGGCCAGGUUGGCGACACCGCCGGCAAGGCUCUGGGAGGACUGACGGGCGGAGGCGGAGGCGGCGAGGAAGAGGGCGGCGACAGCAAGGGCGAGCAGCUGCGUUUGCGACUGGAGCUCAACCUCGACAUUGAGAUUCAACUGAAGGCCAAGAUUCACGGUGAUCUGACGCUGGGUCUGCUCAACUAA